AUGGCUCAUCGUGGUCACACGAGGUCCCAAUCAUUUUCCUCUUCUCAGCCACCUCCGUCUCAGAAAUUGAAACACGACCCCGUGAUAGAUAAAACUGCUCACAGCACGGUGUCAUGCGUUUACCAAACACAUAUCGGAGGGUUCUGGCGAAACGUGACAGUUUUAUGGAGCAAGAACCCGAUGAACAAUUCAUUAAGCAUAUCGGUCGAUAGCAUGCAAAGUGAUCACAAUCAGACGUGCAAGAUUGAUUUCAAACCUUGGCAUUUUUGGGCAAAAAAGGGUUACAAGACUUUCGAGGUUGAUGGAAACCAAUUGGACGCCUACUGGGAUCUUCGAUCAGCAAAAUUUUCCGGCAGCCCAGAACCCUGUAAAGAUUUCUAUGUCGCGUUAGUAUCUGACGAAGAAGUUGUGUUACUAGUAGGGGAUUUCAAGAAAAAGGCUUAUAAGAGGACAAAAUCCAGACCUGCCCUUGUCGAUGCAGCUCUGUUUUCUAAAAAAGAACACGUUUUCGCCAAGAAAUGUUUCUCCACAAGAGCCAAGUUUGAUGACAGGCAAAAGGAGCACGAGAUCAUAGUAGAGAGUUCGACAUCAGGGAAUAAGGAUCCCGAAAUGUGGAUCAGCAUAGAUGGGAUUGUACUGAUACACAUUCGGAAUUUGCAGUGGAAAUUCAGAGGAAACCAGACCGUAUUAGUUGACAAGCAACCAAUACAAGUCUUUUGGGACGUACAUUCUUGGCUAUUCUGUGCCCCGGGCUCCAAUCACGGGAUGUUCAUCUUCAAGCCUGGUACAGCAGAAGCAGAUAGUGAUAAGGAAGAAAGCAGCCAAUGUGAUGAUAGUGACAGCAGCGACAAUAGCUGGUAUUACUCGACAAAAAGCUAUGUGAAAGCAUCACAGUUCUGUCUUUUCCUAUAUGCGUGGAAGAUCGAGUGA